GAAGUUAAACAUCUGUCACAAAGACCUGCGUGGUUUGUCUGAAAGUCAAUUUAAAAAACCUAACAAGACUCAUGAAAGGCAUUGUUUACUUUAUUAAAAAAUGACAGAUUCUUUAUGAUUGUUCAUGACUUCAAUGCCAAUUAAUGGCAGAAAGUCUCCUGGACCCAAAGUGUAGCUCACAAUCUCAGAAAUGCUCCUUGAAGUUUUCCUCAUCAGUUUCAAUCCUUGCAUGUGUGUUGGCCAAUUACAACAUUUAUGUACUCCUUUCUUUUCUCCCAAUUUGUUGUCAUCUUCCUCUUGUUUCUGACUCCCAUCCUCAUCAAACCGCUCCAUUCUUCUUGUUCCUGCUUCUGCUCCUCCUCUAGGUAUUGGUGUCGUUACGCCGGCAAACCAGACCUUUGCCAGGCCUACGGGGUGAAGUCCAGCCAGUACUGGAAGCAGCUGGUGGGGAAGCUGAAGAAGAGGCAGAACGCCUGUGAAGGAGAGAAAGUCCUGAAGGCCAAAACCUGCAAGAAGGCUCCUGCUGAGGCCCACAUGAAGCUCGCCCAACGCAGCGGAGAGGAAGAGAGGAAGGGAGGGAAGGAAGGAGGGAAGAAAAAAGGGCAGCUGACCAGUAAGAGCUCAGAAGGAGGGAAGGCAGAGAGGAAGAAGAAGGAGGAGGAAGAAGAGGAGAAGAGGAAGAGGGAAGAGAGGCCUGGCAUUGAGGAGGAAGGAGUGCUGAACGACAUGGAGCCGGUGCAGAGUUACUGCAGCGAGGGAUGGCACUCCGUCUGCUCCUUCUUUGUCAAGUUUUUUGAGGGUUGAUAGGAAAUUAUGAAGAAAAUGUAAAGCUCAUUUUUGAUACAUACUGGUGCGAGUUCACAAUCUAGAAACAACCUGGAAUAAAUGAAGGUUUCAGCCACUUUGACUUGGAUUUGGUCAUUAAACAUAUCACUUUGUUAGUAUGACCUUUUUGUAUUAUUUUAAACUUUUACAAAUGGAGCCCCAGGCACCUAAUUUACAAUGUUUUAGUGGUAUGAUAAUUAAAACCUGGCAAUCUGUAUUAUCUAUAUAAAACCAUUAAAUCAAACCUGUCAAUCCUGCAUGAAAGCCACAAUUCAUUAAAAUGUUCCUCCCAGUCAUUAUGAACACUCACCGUCUGCUGAUGUAAAUUCAAAUACAAACCAACCAGUCUUAUUUUGUUUGAUUUCAGUUUGCGUUAAUCGAUCAUAUUUAGCUUUGGGUCAUAUAAAGUUUGUUUUCUAGAAAUGGUAAAUCAGAUGAAAUUGAAAAGUUGAGCUGUAUAAACUGUGUAAUGUCUGACUAACAAAUAGGUGUAAGAAUAAUGUUUUGGUGCACUAUAAUCCAUCAGUGAUCAUCACUGAUGAUGAUGGUGUUGAUAGUAGUGAUUACUAGAUGAAUAGAUGUGGUGUUUAACCUUGUUUUUAUGAUGUGUUACUAACAGUUUCUAUAAACUUUGUAACUGUUUUGUAAAAACAAUCUGGUUACUGUUUGAUGUGAUUUGUGGCAGUUAGACCCGUGCAACAUUUUUAAAAAUAUUUUUAUUUUUUAACACUGUUUCUGGAAUUCUACAAUAAAUACA